GGGCAGGGGAGGUUCGCCGGCUCCUUCUACUUCGCCAUCACCGUCAUCACCACUAUCGGGUACGGCCAUGCAGCUCCCAGCACCGACGGCGGGAAGGUCUUCUGCAUGUUUUACGCCCUGCUGGGGAUCCCGCUCACCCUGGUCAUGUUCCAGAGCUUGGGCGAGAGGAUCAACACCUUCGUCAAGUACCUGCUGCACCGCAUGAAGAAGUGCCUGGGCAUGCGGCAGGCCGAGGUGUCCAUGGCCAACAUGGUGACCAUCGGCUUCUUCUCCUGCAUCAGCACCUUGUGCAUCGGGGCCGCCGCCUUCUCCUACUACGAGCACUGGAGCUUCUUCCACGCCUACUACUACUGCUUCAUCACGCUCACCACCAUCGGCUUCGGGGACUACGUGGCGCUGCAGAAGGACGGGGCGCUGCAGACCAAGCCGCAGUAUGUGGCUUUCAGCUUCGUCUACAUCCUCACGGGGCUCACGGUCAUCGGGGCCUUCCUCAACCUGGUCGUGCUGCGCUUCAUGACCAUGAACGCCGAGGACGAGAAGCGGGACGCGGAGCACCGGGCUCUGCUGACCCGCAACGGCCAGGCCAGCAGCGUCCACACCACGGACACGGCCUCCUCCACCCCGGCGGCGGGCGGGGGCGGCAGGGGCGGCUUCCGCAACGUCUACGCCGAGGUGCUGCAUUUCCAGUCCAUGUGCUCUUGCCUGUGGUACAAGAGCCGGGAGAAGCUGCAGUACUCCAUCCCCAUGAUCAUCCCCCGGGACCUGUCCACCUCGGACACGUGCGUGGAGCAGAGCCGCGCCUCGCCCGGCCGCUACCCCGACACCGCCUCCAACCGCUGCUUCUGCAACGCCCAGCGCUCGGCCAUCAGCUCCGUCUCCACGGGCCUCCACAGCCUCGCGGCCUUCCCGGGACUCAUGAAGCGCCGCAGCUCCGUGUAACCGUGCCCGGGCCCAGGGACCCUACCCCGGAGGAAAACGUGUCCAAGACCAGUGCCCUCCGGGGUGAGGCGAAGCUGGGGGACUCCCCGCCGAUUUAUCCGGCGCCGACAGAGGCAGGAAUACAUCGAUGCCGGCGGCCAAGCAGAGCACGUGCUAUUGCGUGUGCAAACGGACAUGCAUGUGCAGGGACACACGGAGCUGUGUGCACUGGUUCUUUGCACGGGGGAGAGGAUGUCUCUUGCUCCAGUUGCAGCCACUCCACAAAAUGUGAAGCAGGCUCCGCGUGCGCCCGCGUCUCUCCAGCCAUACCUCCGCCGCGGCGUCUUCUCUGAAUGCCGCCAGGGAUGUACACGGGUCCUGCCAGGUGGCACGUGGCCCUUUCCCUGCCCACCCCGGCCGGGACAGUCCCCAUCCCCCCACGCCCAUAGGGAGCCCCCUCACCCUCCAUGCAAGAGGUCAUUGCACACUCUCAGAGUAGAUGGGCGGCUGUGACAGAGUGCUGCACGAGUGUGUGUGUGCAUGCGCGUGUGUGUGUGCACACUCAUGCGUGCAAGAGGCUGUGCAUGCCCCUCCUGGCUGCACAUGCAGCUCAGCCCACUGCAGACACAAGGCACUGGAGCAAUCUCCCCGCUCUCUGCAACCACGCACCUCAGUCCCAUCCCCUGUGAGUCCUCGGCCCACGAGGCAAAGCUGGAGGGGACACGUGCCAUUGGCAUGGGGCUGGCAGACAGGCAGGGAGAGGGGCUUCCUACUUCCCAUAGCGAGACAUCUCCUCCCCAGGGAGCGAGUCCUGCCUCCGCGCGGGCUCUACCUCUGCUGAGCAUCACUGAGCCUAGCAGCCCCGGCUCAUCCGCCUGGCAUCCCCCCCUACCCGUGCCGUCCCCCUGGGCUUGUGGCACUAGCAUCAGCAAAAGCGGGGGGAAAAUAGUAGGUCUCAGGGCCGCAGAGCCAGCCCGGCUAAGAGCCGCGCAUGCAUCACCGGGCGAAUCAGGCUAAGAGGGGCUUAGGCAGGAGGUUUUUAUAUUCCUACUCACGUGACCCUGCUGCGCGCCGCAGAUGACAGGCCGGGAGUCACGUAGCCAGCUGCAAAGGUCUGGCUGGGAAGUGGGGGCUGGACAAAAGGGCUGGUGGGGGGGCUUUUUAAUUGCAUCCUGUCUACCCAAGGAGCUGCCCUGCAAGAGACGUGAGAGAGGGGAGACCCGGGAAAGUGCGGACACAGAUCCCCGGGGGGCUUGGCGUGGUACCCACCCUGCCCGCCUCCAUGCACGUAGGGGCGAGGCUGCCUCCAGGGUCUGGUUUAAGAGGCGGUGGGUGGGUUUGAAGGCAGGGGUCGUUGCCGGUGGUCUUCUCUGGGCACAGAUGGGAAGAGCUGUGAGGGGCAGUUUCCGGCACGGGGGUAUCGGAUGUGCCCGUUGCACCAAGCUUGUCCCUGGCAGCCUGUCUGCUGGGCUGGGGAAGGAUCAGGGAGUCAAAAUGCUUUGUCUGGGCUUUUCCAGGGCUGUAGCCGGGUGUGGGGAUGCCCAGAGCCAGCCAGGCCCCACUCUGAGCCAGGCUUAGAGGCAUCCCAAAACCAGACCUCCUUUCCCCGGGGGUGUCUUUCCUUGCACUUGAGUCUACAAGCACUUUGGAAACAUCCCCAGCCCCUCACAGGCACCUGGACAGGUGGUGAUCCCGUCCAACAGGAUGGGAGAGCCAAGCAGGAGAUAUCACACAGCUCUUCCACUGCCCUCAGCCCGUAGCACGGGUCCGAGGCUGGCACUGAGGCUGGGUGCCCCCUGCCCAAUUUCAUCUGGCAACUACCUCUCAUGCCUCCAUCAGGGCAGGAUGAUGCCCAGGUCCCAGCUCCAUUUGCUCUUGCUCUGCCAAGCCCCCCAGGGUCUCCUGGAAGCAGCCUCUUGCCCCAGAGAAGAGGAUCUCGCCCCCCAAAACCAUCCUGCAGAGCACCCCAGUGGGGAGGGCAAGCUCCAAGGAGGCACCGUUUGCAGACAGCCCCCGCGGGCUGGGUUUUUCCAGCAAGAUGGUAGUGUGGGGAGCCCUGAAGAGAUCAUAUCUAAUCCAACCCCCUGCCUGGACCCUGCCCAUCCCAGCGUCCAUCUGUCCUACUCUUUUACACUUCCAAGGGGGCAGAUUCCCCUCUCUCUGGGCACCCUGAACCACACGCAGACUCAGAAAGUCCCUCGAUUUCCUGUGCUGCAAUUGAAACCCAUUGCUCCCAGUCCUGUCCCCUCCAGCCCAUCUCCAUCUUCCCUCUAACCACCCUUCAGGUAUCUAAAGACUGUUAGCAACCCCCUAGCCCCCAAAGUCAAACUAAAUAGCCCUGGUUCUUGUAGCCUUUCCCCAUCAGUCGUGCCUCCCGGGGCCCUCGAUCCAUUUAAUGCCCCGUGAGGGGACUCUUCCCAACCCGUCCAAGUCCUUCUUGCAGUGCAGGGCCCAAAACGGGACACGGGGCUCCUCCGCAGUGCCGAAUAGAGGGGAAGAAGCACUGCCUUUGGUUUGCAAGUGAUGCUCCUGUUCGUGCCACCCAGGAGGCUGUUGGCUUGGUUUGCAAGGAGAGCGCACGGCCGGCUGCAAGCAACCCGUUCUUCCAGCUCAGCUCAGGGAGCAUCCCCUGGAGAUCCAGUCCAGGACGUAGCAGGAGAAACCAGGUCUGAUGUUAGAGGCUUCCCGCCAGGCCCCCAUCUCACAAGGCGGGACGUCCAAACCCUAGUGCAUUGGGAGGGUACGGGAGAGAGAAACCUGCCAGACAUUGCCCUAUUUAAUACAUGCCUGCCUCCAGCUUGCCCACUGCUGUAUCCCUCACGGCUGUGGGGCCGCGACUAGGAUGGCAAGUCUCACUGGUUGUCAGGUCCUGGCAGCUCUAGAAUAGUAAACAAGUCUGCGCGGCCCCUCCGGGCGUUGGCAUACACGCUGCGGUCCGCCAAGUGACCCCACCGCUACCCAGGAGAGCAAAACAAGGCAGACACAAAGCAGGACCCGUAUCAUGUUUCCUGGCACCGGGGCGGAGGCAUGAGCCAGGCACCUUGCUUCAGGAUGCAAGGCAAAGGUCUGUGGCUGGGGGAGCCGCGGCAUUCACAGGGGCGGUGGAAGGAGGGAUGCAUUCAACCAGCCAAACUGCAGCCCAAGCUGGAUCUGGGUCCAAAGCUUGGGAUUUGAGUGGUCCUUGUCGGGGGGAGAAGGGCAGCCAGAGCCCCUGGCUGGCAGGCAGCUAAACACACUUGUCUACCAGGCCAGCUCCAUGCUCCAGGCUGCGAUGGAAGCUGCAAUCUCAAGGGAGAGGGCAUAGCGGAGGGCAACCCUUGCCCAUUACCCAGCUGAUUUAUGGAAGCAGAUGGGACCGGGAAGAGGCCAGCCACCCUUUGGUUGCAAGAGGGAAAUCUGCCUCGGGGAUGCAGAGGAGGGUGGGAAAGGCCCGGACACAGCACUUCACCCCAAAUCACCAUGACCCGUGGGCAGCAGAGGAAAGGAGCUGGGCCUGGAGCUCCAGCACUGCCCCACAGCAGUCCAGGCUGCUAUUUUGCAGAGCUAAAGUUGCUCCCCAGUCCCGCCCGCCCUCCUAGCCCCUUCCCCCUCCAACCCUGGGCCCCAGAAAGCCUCCCUCCACAGAUGUGCACACAUGUGCAGUCAGGACUAAAAGCACUGGGAGCACACUCUUGCAGGCGGAGCACACACUGGGGGUGCGACAACCGCGCUGGGUGCCCCCGCACAGCUUUCCCAGGAACCCUGCCGCCGUGCCGGGGGCGGCUGCACUGAGCCGUGAUUUUUAUCCCCUCUCCCCCACGACACGGAGCAGCCCGAGGAUGCAGCACGCCCGCUGCUGUGCAACCCCGCGUCCCCCCUCUCCCCGAGAGACGCCCGCGUUUCGAAUACUUGACGACCUGUACAUACGGUUAGAUACAGGAAGAGGAUAUUUAUUACCCAGCAGGACGCUGUCUUCAUCCUAUCUAUACAACUCUAUCCGUCUCAAAGGCCAAGGCUCGUUGGCCUGGAGGGUGUGGUGGGGUGGGAUGGGUGGGGGGGAGGCGAUGACCCUGGGAAAUUUUGCUCUCAGCAUCUCUCAUCCUUAAGACACCGAGGGGAGGAAAGGACCCAGUCCCCUCAGACCAAGGUUACCCGUUUCUCAUGCCAAAAUCUAUUUGUACUGCUGAUUUACUUUCAGUCUAGAGAGAAAUAAAGUCCAGUUCAGAGCUCCGCGCUUCCUCCUCGCCUUGAAUCCACCCCUUCGGCUCAGCUGCAGGGGGGAAACUGAGGCAGGGGUGGCAGGAUAGGACCAAGAGACCUGGAGGAGAACAAAAGAGAUGGGGCUGAGGCAGACCCGACUCCUAUGGAGAGAGGAGGAGGGGUGAAGUCCAAGGGGAAACCUGCAGCUCCGAGUUAUUCCAUGCUGAAAGCAGCCAGCAAAGUGCAAAGCCCUCGAAGCGAAUUGCACCCAGUGCCCAGGGGUCACGUCCAUGCCAGGGGCAAAUGUGGGGGAACCACAUGAUAGCGAUCACCAGGUGCAAUAAAACACGGGCAUCCAGGCAAUGAGAAAACCAGCCCACCAACCCUGUGUGUGGAGCAGGAGGCAACCUCUUCCAGGCCUUUUGUCUGUCUCUGACCAACUAGCUACUUAACCGAGGGGUUAUCUUCCACCAGCUACCCCCUUCCUCAGUCUCUGUAGUUAGGGAGCCGCUUUAAAUUACAACCGCUGCCACAAGCAGCCUCAGAGGGAAGAGCACGGCCUGGGAUCAGACAGGCAAAGGCCUCGCCAGCGGGUACCGAGGCAUGGAGGACUUGGCAGGUCACCUUGCCCUCCACUCCCACCUCCCUUGUUUAUUAUAGCCCAGUGCAGGGACAUCAUCUUCUGCACCUCCACGGCCAAGCACCUCAUCCUCCCCCAAAAAGGCUCAGGGUGUUGGUGUCCAAGAGGUAGGACAGCACGAUGGCGUGACUUGACCCUGGGCACACAGGGAGUCAGUGGCAGAGGAGGGAGUUGAAGCCCUGGAGCCAUUCCUCUCCAGCCAGAUCCAGACAGGGGGGCCUGGGCCUGGCUGCCAUAUGAGACAGAAGUGGGCUCAGGGCCUGCUGCCCGAGGCACUGCACCGCGUGGAUGCAGAUGCUGCCCGCCGUGUCCUGGCCACGGUUCGAGGCAGGUAUCGUUGGACCUCACAGCGUCCUUUAUGGGCACACAGGAACAGCCUGUGAUAAUUAGCAAGCAAGCAAGAGCUCUCACCACACACUGUGCCCCAGGGAUGCACACGGGAAGAUGGACAUCUGGCCUGCACAGGGUCGUCUUCUUUGGGUCUCUUGCUUCAGUUUGCAGUGGUCUCACCCGAACACCCCCUCUCUUCACUCCUCCCCAGUGUUAUAUACCUUUUUCCAUUGUGUACUUAAUUGGUGCUAAUUCAUUGCUGAUCCAGUCCAAUGUACUUUGUCCAGCCAAUGGGGGUACUAUCCACGUGUGUUGCCUGCACCAGGCAUCUGGUAGGAUGCGUGAUAAAUAAUAUCACUCAAAUCUUUCCAUCCUUAAUUGGGACUUUUAGGUACCAGGACAGGUUCAUCCAUGCAGCUGCACUCUUAUCUUUUGUAUACAAGGGAAAUGGGCCUGCUUCUCUCCUCAGGUAUGAAACCAUGCAACUAUGAAGGUUCGUUAGAUACUCCCUGCUCCCCUGCUCCACCCAAAAAAACUCCAAAAACAACAACCCAUCUCUAUCUCUGGAACGUGCAAGCACUGCCUUGUUGCAAAGCAGCUCCCCUGUUAGGCCACGAGAGCCUGAUUUUGCUUUCUAGCACACUCGUUAGCCAUAAUUAUAUGGAGUGCAUUGAAUAAUAAGCAAUUAGCACUAAAAAUUUAAAAUUUCAGCCAUUGCACAGGACCAACACACCCAUGAACACAGUCCAUACAGGGCCUUCCCUUCUAGCCAUGGGGUCAGCUCAGGACAUGUGACUAGGAUGUCCGGUGCACAGAAAGCCCAGUUGCAUCCCCCAUCUCCCCCCACACCCUACACCCUUCCAUGGCUGUGGACAGAUGCUAACAGGAGUAGCCACCACAGGCCACUGUGGGUCCAACAGGCCACCCUAAAAGCCCCCCCAGCACUCCCUCCACUGCCCCACAGCCACCACAGGACCCUCGCAUGAUCCUCAAGGGAGACCAUGGGGAGACAGAGCCUGCUGGGGGCAAAGCCACACGUCUCUGCCUAAGCAGUGCCUCUUCAUGGCUGGAGCAUGGAUGCUGCAUGACCCGUGGAAGAGGUCAGGCUUUCCCAUCCUAGGACCCUAAACAUAGCUCCAGCUUAGGAUCAUAGAAAUCCUAAAGAAGUGGGGCUGCCAGGGAGCUCCAGAGGUCACGUCUAGUCCCACCCCUGCCUGAAGUAGGGUCAGCCCUGUGCAAACCAGCCCACACAAACCCAGGACUAUGCCUGCCUUCCUACCACCCCAAAGCCCCGGGAUGAGCUACACCCAACAGCUCUGCGAUUCAUGCCCCAGCCUCUGCUGCAGGGGCAAACCAGUCACAGCAUCCAACUGGAUCCAGAUGUGCAUUCACCCAGUGGAGGUGACAAGCUCCCCAUGGCCUGGCCCGGAUCCCAGGCAAUUGCCCCUGCCAAUCUGAGUUAUCAAAACACCUGGACAUGAGGUGACAUGACAUGGAAGAAGAGAUGGAGGGGAGAGACUUGGAUGGGAAGGCCUCAAGGGAGUUGCAACCAGGAGGGAGCAAGGCAACAGAAGAAGCCUGCGAGGAGGAGGAGAAGAGGAAGGCGCGUGCAACCCCGUUGCUGCCCGGGGAAGGUGAACGAACGUGGGAGAGGCAGAGGAGGUGGAGAGGAUCAAGCGUCCACCCCGCAGCUGCAUUUGUGACCGGCGAGAGGACGUGCUUUAUUGGCAACGGGAGCACAAGCCGGGCAAGGAAGCAGCAGCCGGAGAAACGAGGUGUGUCCGAGCGAGAAGGGCCUGGCAAAAUCCAGCUGGAGGAUCUAGGAUGCUCGCCUGACUAAUCUUUUUGGACACGAGGCCACAAAAACAGCCUUUCACUGGGGCAGACCCUAGUUCCACCUUGCCCCAUCUCACGUGUCUCACCCUGAUCCCGCGCGCCAUCGGGGACCCCAGCCGGCAGCUCCUCCACGGAGCCGUCACCACGGGCAUGCACGUUCAAGGGCCGCUCGGCUUCCACCAGACCCACCGGCAACAAGCCUCUCA